AUGUCGCCUGAAGUCAAAUCAGAGAAAAUCAUGCAGUUAUUUAUGCCAUACAUGUUCCGUACUUUUAUCAAAAUCUCGUAUCGAUUUUCAAAAAUUUUUCAAGAAGCUUUUAAGGGUGAUGAACAAAUGCAAAGACAACUAAAUAUGAUAACAAAUGUCAUUCCUAUUGCGUUUUCUAUGCCAAAAGAAUUUGCCGCCGAAUCAUUUUUUCUAUUCAAUAAUGUACUAAACAUUAUGAUAGAGUUAUUUGAAAGGAAAUCUCCACAAAUAUUGACAUAUUUUAAUUCGAACUACUUAUCAAGAGUUCUCCACAUCUGCAUUGAUUUUAUCAAAAAUACAAAAGACUUCGAGCAAUAUCAUUUUAACAUAUAUCAUUAUUCGGUCCAGUACUACAACUUCUGGGCGGAGAACUACAUGAAUGACUGCUUUGGCAACCUACAAAUGCACGAUUUACAAAUUUCUCUCAAUACGUUAGUUGCAUCAGGGAAAAACGAUCUCAUUAAUAAAUACAUCUCAAAGCUAUUAACUGUUGUCGAAAAAUCCUUGAUUUUACUAAGUUUCGUCUUUUUACAUACAUCAACGAAAAUUGACCAAGAGAAAUGCUUUGCUCUUGGCAAAACCAUACUGGGAUUCUUUAAAUUCAUGAUAUCUCUCGGUCCAGAAGUCGAAUCAAAGAUUUGGAGUAAUGAUUCAACUCAAUUCUUAAUUGUUUUCAUCGGAUGGACAAUUAACAUCUCUCCUAUCAUUGAAGAACUUCCAACAUUCAGUUAUGAUCAAAAAGAGUUCGAACUUGUUAAAGAUUACGCAAAGGUUAAAGAAAAAACGGUUUGUUCACCUAAUUUUUCUUUUGUUGAACAGAAGACUUUCCAAUUACCAAUCUUUCUGCAUAGUUUAGAAAGCACAUACAACGAAAAUGAUCCGAAACCAUGUGUUUAUUUCUCACCAAGUCAUUCAUUGAUCUCAGAAAACUCUAAGUUAAACGACUUGUCACGUAUCCUUGUCGAAUUGACACAUUACAAACUUGGUCAUGAAUUUAUCAACGUCAUCAUGUCAAACUCAUUAAAGUUUACUAAACAAAUCUGUGAUCAGAAACUUUUCCAAGACUCAAUCACUAUUGGUCCAGAAUUACUUUCAUUGACACUUAAUUUUUACAUCAUUGACUUACUUAUUCUUUGUGACCACAACAAAGUUGCACUUGCACUUGAUAAUGUUGAUGGUUUCCGUAUCCUUUCUAACUCUCCUGUCUUCAACAUUCAUUAUAACCUUUGGUCAUCAAGUCCAGAAAACAACGUUUUGAACUUAUUCAGUAUUCUCAAGAAAUCACUUUUCCAGAUGAUGAACGUUAUAUGUGUUGAUUGUCCUAAAUAUGCAGUUACGAUCUUUGGACAUGUUUCAGAACUUUUAUCCGAAUCAGCACCAGAAAUCGUUGACGACGUCAUCUCAUUUGCUAUCAAUCUUUUCAAGAUGGAUCCGAAACGAUUCAUCAACAUCCUUUCUAACACAAACUUCCUUUCUGUUCUUAUCAAAUCUAUGUAUUCACUCCAAACAUUCCAUAUUUCUAUGGAUUUAGAUGAUAAAUACAAAUCAUUUUCAGCCAAGAUUUCAUUAACAAGAACUAAUGCACUUACAUUCAUUGAUACAUUGAUUCGAAUCGAAUGUUCGAAAUAUUAUCUCUUUUCACGAGAAGAAUUUGUUUCAUUAAUUUUCCAUUUUUUAUUCGAAAAACCAGUUCAAGACUUUUCUCUUGCAUGUCUUAGUAAAGGUCUGUUUUUGGACUCCUCUAAAUUUAAUACAUCACAAACACAUGUUCCAACAGACUACAUCUUCUCAAACUUAGCUUCACUGUUUCGUAAAUCAACACAACAUAUCAAUGAACCAGACUAUUACGAUUUAGUUUGUUCUAUUUUGCGGUUAUUAAAAGAUGCGUUUACAACGAAUAAGAAGUCAUUAAUUGGUGCAGCAGAAACAUCCCAAUACAUGACCGAGAUUAGUAUUGUUUGCAAGAAUAUCAGUGUUUUCAAGAAACGUCGAAGUAUGACAAAUUUAAUCUUAGAAACAUUCAUUCCACUUACGUUCGACAACGCUCGGAUGCGAUCAUUGUUAGUUAAAGAACCAAUGAAGAACAUCACAGCAUCAUUAGUUGACCAAAAAGUCAAACAAGAAACAGUUGAUUUACUUUUACAACUUGUUUGCGAAAUUCCUAUUGUCAACAUGAGUUGUACAAGUAACAUCGAGAUCAAGAACCAAAAGAUUAUUCCAUAUCUUCACGAGAUCAUCAAACAUUUGCCUGUCCACACGAAAGUUUUCCAAUUUAUCUACCAAAUUGUUGAAAACUCAGUUACAAACAAACUUCAAGUUUACAAAUCCAAAUUACCUAUCACAAUCCUUCAGUACAUCUCAUCAUUCGACAGUUCUAUGUCUAUCACUGACAAGCAACAAAUGUCUAUUGAUAUUUUGAUGAAAUUGUUUUCGAGUGUUUCUGUUUUUGCAUUCAAAUGGAAGACUCUUUUUGAACUUCUUAAAAUCAUUCAACCUCGUAACGAAAUGCGAAUGUGGUUUACUGAUUUACUUGUUACAAACAUCAGUACUAUUUUGUCUACAAUAACACCAAAAACACCACAAUCAUUUAUUUCAUUCCAUGGCAAACACAGUGGUUUGUUUUUACCACGAAUUCCAACACAUUUCAUCAACAAAGGAUUCACAUUAUUGCUUCGAUUUGAACUUUCUAGUAACUAUCUUCAAGGUGGUAAUCAUCAACCACGAUUGUUUUCAAUGAAGAACAUCAACGGCAAAACACUUGAAAUCUAUUUCGAAGACAACAGAUUAGUUGUUACAUACAACGCCAUCAAGACACUUGGCAUCCACGAGACAACUAUCGAACUUUCACCACACACGUGGUAUCACAUUGGUGUUUCAUUAGAACGUCGUUUGUUGAAGUUAUAUGUUCUUGGUAAUCUUUGUGAUACAUAUGAAAUCACAGGAAUGAAAUUCGAAUCAGACAUCGAAUCUAUGACUAUUGGUAACACAAUAUUAUCAGAGCUUAAAUAUGAAGAACCAUUAAUUGCAAACCUUUCAUGCAUGUACAUGUUUUCAACCGCUCUUUCAGCAGAGACAAUCAAAAUGAUGUCCGAUCUUCCUCUUGAUUUUGUUUACGGAUUCCAUCCAAUAUUACAGAAACUUUUCCCAAACUUACCAUCAUCACUUUUCACUGAACAAAUUUCAGAUUCUAUGUUUGCAUGUUAUAAUUCACGAUUUGCAUUGAACAACAUCUGUGUCAACAACUCGAAGAAAGACAUCGGUAACGCAAAAGUUAUUGGUGAUGUUUAUUCAUUUUCUACAUCACUUUGCGAUGUUUUGUUGAAUCUUGGUGGUUUGAAAACAUUUUUACCAUUGUUCAGCGAAGUCGAACUUCCAGUUUUCGAUCAAUACGAACAAGAUUCAAGUAGAUUUUUAGUUCAUUUGAUUGAGAUGGUUGUUAAUUUCUGCAACACAUCUGCUGAGAUCAAAACUGAUUUCUUUGAAGAUGAUGGUUUGAAGUGCAUUGCAUUCUUACUUUCUAAGAUGAAUCCAGAGACUAUAACUGAAAAUUUGAUCACAAAUUUACAAAAACUAUUUGACAAACUUUCUAACAAGAAAUACAUCAAACUUAUGAUUGAAGACAUCUGGUUCAAUUAUUUCUUGAUUGGAUUACAGAGUUCAACAAUUAAACUUUGUUUCAUCAAAGUUUGUUCUGAUUUAAUUCAUGGUGUUUACUCCAAAUUAGUUUCUGAAGUUGUUAAUGUUUGUCGAUUGAUGUUAUUUACUAUUUCCGAAAAAGACGAAAACGUUCGUAAAUCACUAUGGAAAGUUAUUCGUUCAGCAAGCAAAAUCAAGUUGACAUGGGAAGACAAAGAGAUGUUCUUCAACCUUUGUUUCAGCUUAAACAUCUCACAGAUGCGUAUCGAAUUGAUGUAUGUUUUGUAUAACUUAUGUGUUAAAAACUAUCAUGGUAUUUGCGACAAAUUUGUUGCAUUUGGUUUUUACACACCAUUUGUUAGUAUGAUGUCCAGUGAUAGUGAAGAACUUCGUAUCAUCUCAUUCAAGUUCAUGCUUCUCAUCAAGACAUUGGAAGACACCGGUGUUAUUACACGUCAAAGUUCCAUUUGUUUUGAAGAUUCAUUUUUGAAAGUUAUUUACAUUUACAAUCCAGAAAACAUCACAGAGAGUACAUGGUCCGUUGCAACACAAGCAUUCCUUGAUUCUCCUUCAUAUCAAACUGCCUUGAUUCCAUAUAUUUCAUUUAUUUCACAGUUCUACAAAUGGUCACGCAUUGAAAAGUUCUUCAACACAAUCGACCAAAAUACAAUGACAGUCACAUCUCCUAUUUUACAUUCAUUUAGUAAAUGCGAGAUUUGGUAUUUUUGGAUAUUCUACACUAUGGUCAAUGCUAGUUAUCCAGAAUACAAUGUUAACAACAACUCUGUUUUUCUUGCUAUUUAUUCGAAAGUUUUGAUUUAUUUCAUCAAAAAACAAUAUUGGGACAAAUUUUAUGAAUUCGAAGCGUUUUUCCUUGAUCUUGAGAAAACAGUUAAACUUAACACACCAUUUAUCUUGAAAUACAUUUACCACAAACUUCUUAAAUUAUUACAACUUUUCUCAACAGUUUCAAAUGAAGAAAUCAAUUUUGUUUUUACAGAAAUUUUUGAAUAUUUGUUUUAUAUUCCAGACACAGAAAUUUUCUACAACAAUGUUUCAUUGAAAUAUUGUAUGGGCGAAAGUCUUGAAGAACCACUUACAUCUGUUAUUGACUCACAAACACCAUGUAUCGACAUCUUAUCACAAAUUUGUUCUAGUUGCAUGACACACAAGGUUAAUUUCUCCGUUCGUAUCGAUCCACGUCGUGGUGGUACUAUUCCAUUAAGUGGCCAAGUUGUUAAUCCUAUCAAAUGGUUGGACAUCAAAGUUGCACGUCAAUUAAUUGGUUUCAUGACUAAAUUCGCUAAUCUUCGCGAUGGAACAUACAAAGUUCAAAACAGGAAGAUCAAAUACUCAGAAAUCAUUUCAUUCAUGCUUGGUUUCAUCAUUCAAUCAUCACCAUCAAAGAUCACAAAAAUCUCCGGCUUUUUGAAAUCGUUGGAUUUCGACACAGAAACUAACUUCGAAAUUUUCUCAUAUUGCAGUAUUUGUGCUAUCCGAACAUACCAAAAGGAUGCAUCGUACCGUAAACAAGUUAAUGAUUUACUUAUUGGAUGCAAGUCAAUCAUCUCCAAAGUUAUUUUAAAUGGUCAACCACUUGAAGUUCACAACAUUUUGGAAGAUUCCGAUAUUAUGUGCAAAAUCUUUGAAAGCACAAAAGAUAUUAUUUUCAAUUUAGAGCAAACACUUGAAGACAACAAAUUAGAUAUUUCGAAACAGACAUAUUUAGAUCAAGUCUACCAGAAGUCUAAGAAAACACGAGAAAUCAUUGUUCAAACACCACACUUUUUGUCAGACAAUGUUCUUAAAAAUGUUUUGCGUAAGAAAGAAGAAUUCAAACAACAAAUUAUUUCACAUUCGAUUUCAUGCAUGAAAUCACACGCAAAUCUUUUCAAAGACUUGAAAUCUAAUGGUGGUCCAUGGUCUACUACAGGCGAAAUCAAACAUUGGAAAGUUUCUAAAGAACUUGAUGACCAAUAUCGACAAAUUUUCAUGCGUCCUAAUCUUAAAUUUGAUAUACACAUGAAAGCAUCAUUGAUGCGUGAUGGCACUACUGCUGAAGCUGCGCAAUCUAAGUACGAACGAUGGCUUGACGCCAACAAGAUCAACAUUAUUGCAGAAGACGAAGAAGUUUCACAACAAGAAGAUGAAGAAACUACAGAAACAACAGAACACCGUGAUUUCUCAUUCUUCACAACAGCACAAAUGAUCACAAUCAAGAAAACAUAUGAAGGUACAUUUUAUGUUAAUAAGAACGAACUUAGUUUCAACGAUGACAACAAGAAAUCAGUUACAAUCAAACUCUCAGAUCUUAAGAUGGUUUUACACAGAUCUUAUUUGCACAUUGAUUCCGGUCUUGAGUUCUUCAUGAAGAACAACAAAUCAGUCUUCAUCUAUUUUCCUAAAGGCGACAGGAACAAAGUUCUUAAACACUUGAAGCACUCCAAACUUCAUGAUAUCGAAAUCCUUCAGUACAAGAACAACAUCCGUGAGUGGAUCGACAAAUCUACAUACGACUGGCAGAAAGGUUUGUUGUCUAACUACGAAUACUUGAUGAAACUUAAUUUGUUUUCAGGUCGUUCAUUCAAUGAUUUAAGUCAAUAUCCAAUCUUCCCAUGGGUUUUGAGCAACUACACAAGCGAAAGUAUCGAUCUUAAUGAUCCUAACAACUACCGCGAUUUCAGUAAACCAGUUGGUGCAUUCAAUCAACAACGUCUUGAAAAUCUUCAAGAAUUGUUAGCCGAAUACGAUGAUGAUGCCGUUGAUAAAUGUUUGUAUCGAUUCCAUUAUUCUACUGCUUUCUAUGUUGUCCACUUCCUUGUUCGUGUUGAACCAUACACAAGUAUCCACAUCGAGUUACAAGAUAACAUGUUCGACAAUCCAAACCGAACAUUCCGAUCUAUUCCAUUCUGUUGGAAGAAUAUUACAUCUACAGCACCAGACUUCCGUGAACUUAUUCCACAGUUUUUCAGUCUUCCAGAGAUGUUGAUUAACCAGAACAAAUUCGAUUUAGGCAGUACACAAGAUGGCAAACAAGUUAAUGAUGUUGAAUUACCACCAUGGGCUAAAUCAGCAGCUGAAUUCAUCCAAAUCAACCGUAAUGCAUUGGAAUCCAAAUAUGUUAGUGAACACUUGCAUUUAUGGAUUGAUUUGAUCUUCGGCUACAAACAGACAGGUAAAGAAGCCAUCUUGGCUAACAACACAUUCCAUAAAUACUGUUACCCAUCAUCAAUCACUAAAGAAGUUCUUAAGAAUCCAAAUGAACUCAAAACAAUCCAAAUUUACGCAUCUAAUUCAGGUAUUGUUCCUCGCCAAAUCUUCAAUUAUCCACAUCCUAAGCGUAUCUACACUCGUCAGAUGUCUAUCACUCGUCUUAUGCUUUUAGGUACUAAACUUUGUUGGAACAUUCUUAUGAAAUUCAAAUCACCAGUUGUUUUCAUCGGUCAAUCUAAUAAUUCCAUUCCAAUAUUGACCGCACAAAGUGAUUUCCUUUCUAUUCCUUUGUCAUCCAAAUGGCGAAGUUCAGUUCAAGACAACAGUAUCAAACAAGUCCCUCUUGCAACAAUCAAGAAAUAUGUUACAUUGCCAGAUACAGAACAUAAUUUCUUUGUUAUCACAAGUCGUAGUUUCGAAUACAUCCAAGAAAGUUGUUUAUUUGUUGCAUCAUCUCCAUGGGAUUCCACAUUUCAUGUCUUCAAAGUUGAAUCGAAUUCAGCACAUUACAUUUACUCACAGCGUCAGAACAGCUCAUUGAUCUCCGGUGUUACAAGCAGCCACAAGAAAGGUUUGAUUGUCACUCGUUGGCAAGAUUCAUCUAUUUCCGUUUGGGAUGUUGAGAAACCACAACAAAACUGUUUCCUUUACCGAAUUCAACCACAUUUGACAUCAUUAGUUGAUGUUGAUGUUUGUUCUAACUUGAACAUCAUUGUUUCACUUGACAAGUCACGUACUGUUAUCAUGACUAAACUUUCAAGUGGUCAUUACAUGCGUCAUUUCAUUGUUGAAGGUAAUGAUACAUUGAAGAACUUGUUGAUUGUUUCAGCCGGCUACAUCAUCAUUGCAAGCGAAUCAUCAACUAAUGGUCGUUUUACAAGCACAUUACGAUGCUACACAUUCAACUCCAUUCUUUUGAAGACAUUUUCAUAUGAAUCAACAUUGUCAUGUCUUGCAUGUAUCAAAUCAUCAACAUCUCCAAUGCUUGUUGCAUCAUUUUCGGAUGGCCAUUUCUCAUUGAUCGAAAUUCCACAGAUGCUUGAAAUCAUUUCUACUAAGAAAUUCACGAUGACAAACAUUGUUUAUAACGAAGAACAUAACUGUUUAUUUGCAUCUGAUUCUAAUGGCAACUUAUUAUAUUUAGACCUUUAA